GAAGGGAGAGUAACGCCGCAAAUCAGGGCAAAGAUUCUCACACUGCAAGGAUUUCAGUUCCAAACGCUGAGAAUGUGCUGCACCUAGAAGCAGGAGGAGAGAAUGGCACUCAGGCGUUUGCAAGAAAGUGGCUGUGUACUUUAUGAUAGGACUGAUAUAUAAACACUUUGAAAGGGUGACUCAGGAUUCCCUCACAUCAUGAACACAGGAAACUUAAUACACAAAUUCUUAGAAGCUGUUCUGGAAGGUGACCUGGAAGCCAUAAACAAUAUACUUUUGGAUGAAGCUUUCUCUUCAAUAAAUGUCAACUUUCAACACCCAGAAACGGGCAGCACUGCCCUGAUCGCAGCAUGUGAAAAAGGUCUCACUGGGGUUGUGCAGUCAUUGAUCAAAAAGGGAGCUGACAUCACCCUCUGCAACCAUAGCAACCAGACAGCAGUGCACGUGUCGAACCCAACCAUUCAGGGAAUUUUAUUGUCUGCUGUGGAAAUCUCCACGUUUCCCCAGAGGCAGUUUCUGCAGGCUGCGUGGCAAGGAAACCUGAGCCUCCUUCAAAACCUGCUGGAAGAGAAAACCUUUGUAGAUGUGCAUGCAAGGAACCAGGCUGGGUUGACAGCUUUAAUGCUGGCAGUGAGAGAUGUCGAUCUGUUUGAGAAAUUGGAAGAAAUGAUGCUCACAGAAUACAAACCAGUGGAUGUCAUCAAGAUGCUGCUCAACAACCACGCGGACGUAAAGAUGUGCGAUUCCAUGGGUCUCUCAGUUCUGGAGUAUGUGGAACAGAUUAAAAGCACAACAAGAGAGCACCUCACUGAGGAACUGUCAUCAUCUCUUCUUUCCCAAGAUGAAGAAUCGCCCCACGACCAGCUUCAUUUUAAACCACGGUGUUUAGUGAACAGCUUGAUUUCAUCCAUGUCAAAAGAUGACUUAGUCAUGGAAAGUGUCAUGUGUUCAAAGGAUGCAGACGUGUAUCCAGAGUUUAAGAUAAGUCCCAAUACCAGUUCAUCCAUGGAAGAUAUUCCUUUAUAUUUUAAUGAAGCUGAAAAGACUCCACAAGAAAUUAGACAAACUAAUGAGGAGUUCAAAGAAAUGACGAGUAAAAGCACUGUGUUACCAAGUCUGCAGAACAGUUAUAAUGGAUCUCAGCUCCAAGUACCAUUCUCACAUGGAACAUUGCCAACAGUGCCAUCCUUGCCAAAGCAUUCACCAUUCCGCAGUGCUGGAAGUAACAAACGUCAGAUGCCUAUCAUCGUCUCCAGAGGCACAGUGAGGGAGAGCAAAUCAGAGGCGGAUAUGACCAGGACGAUAAUGGAUUACAGCUCAUUUCAAAAUAUUAAAACUAGCAUUUAUCAAAGACUGAAAGUCUCUGACCCUGAAAAACAACAAGGCCACAUACAGGGAUAUGUCACUCAGCCAAGUUCAAGACAGCUGCGUUUCCCAAGACACCUUGCACCAAUAGAAAUAGAAACCCCAAACACCAUGAAGAAGCUACUUCAUUUCAUUCAUCCGGUGCCUUCCAAACCCAUACUACUUCCUUUGUCUCCCAGAGCAUCAGGAACUAAAACAGCCCUGUUGGAAGAAGGCCAACCUGACAACACUCCAGCUUGCACAGUAAACAACAAUGCUGCUGUCUCCAGAAACAAAAGCCAAGUGGAUCUACAUCCACAAAUCAGCAGUUGCAAAAUAGCUUGUGAGCAGUCUGGAAAAGAGAGUGAUGAGGUACAGACUCAACAUGAAGCCAAAGAUAGCAAAACCACGGAUUUUAAUUUAAAUUAUUCCAAAUGCUUGCGCAUUUUGGAGAGCAAAACAGAAGUAAACAAGUUUUUAAACAAUCAAAUAACUAUAACAAGAGAUCCAAACCAUGAAUCUGGCUACAGAGCUCUUUGCAAUUCAACACCACCAGGUGAAGAAAAAGCAUUAAUAGAGGAGAUCGAAUCACAGCUAAAUAAGCUAAUGUUGGUGGAGUGUUCUCCAAAGCUCAUCAGUGGUGAUAACAAUUCUGCAUGUUCUAGUGAUAAACCAAGUAAUGGAGGAAAGUGUACAGAGGCACCAAUAUCUGGAACCAGAGCAGAUGACAGGACUAAAUGUUCCCCACGCCAAGUAGUGAUCAUAGCCACAGAACCAAAGGCUGAAGACAUGGUAAUUAGCAAUAAUCAAGCCUAUGAAAGCUUGGUGGAGAAGACAGAAUUUAAAAAUGAAAAACUGCAAUUGGCUUUAAACACUACUGCGUCUGAAGAAGAGGAAGUGGCUUUAGAUGAUCAGCAAGUAUUUACUACCUCAGGAGAACACUUCACAAUGAAGACUUUUCCUUUCACCAGCCAGGAGAUUAAUACUUUAGUUGAAAAAUUUCCAAAAGAGAAACGACACAAGCCAAACGGGAGGAAUAAAUUGGCAUUGUCAAAGUCGAAUGUAAAUCUUAAGUGUUCACAUAUUAAAGACAAGCAUGCAAAGCCUAAAAGCAAGGCCUCCCUGCCAAAUAAUUCAAAAGUUCAUUCAAAAAAAACCAUCGGCCCCUUAUUGAAAACACCAUUGAAAGGAAAACUAAAGUCACAUGAAACAGAAACAAAGUGCUUUGAGAAAAAGGUCACAUCUGUCAAGAAGCACAUCCUUCCACAUGUGUCCAAGAGUGCUCUACAGCCUAAGAAGCAGGAAGUGCCAGUGACUCAAAGAUCGAAGUCUGCUACAGAAUACUUAGAGCUCAAAUACAGCGAUAUGUUCCAAGAAAUGUCAUCCUCUAAUGAGGGGCCAGGAAUUUAUGAAAUGUUUGUGUCACCAGCUUAUUCCACCUCAAGGAUUGUACAAUCAUCCACAAAUGGGUCACUGCAAGACACAAGAUGCGUCUCAGGCAAAAAACACAGACGUCGAAAUUCAAAGUCUGGCAUAAUGCUGGAAAACAGACGUAAAAGAAGUUCACGUGGCUCUGCUAAACAGAAACAAAAGAAAUUUAGAGACAAAAGUUGUAGUGAUGAAGAAGUAGAAGAAAACACCAUCUAUAUUUCAGGAGCAGGUUGGCACAUUAAACCUUUAAGAAGUGGAUCAUCACAUGAAGGCACACAUGACAGAAAUAUUCCACUUCCUCCUGGUACCCCAGUCCCACAAAAAGCACAGCAUGCUAAUCAUGCCCUCCCUGUCAUUGAAGAACAGCUAACAGACCAGCUAGCUCUGACAAUAACUCCUGACAGCCAUCCGGUAUUGUUGAAUACAGACAUCACAAAAGAAAUGCAAGACAAGCAUUUUAAACACAGUGGCAAUGAUCCAGCUGAUCUGAACUAUACAAUCCAAAACUCUGGUAGGAAAGGAAGCCAUUCAGAAGCCUGUCAGAAAUCAGAGCAGAACAGCUUCUCAGCUCAAAGAGACGCCAAUAAAGCAUCAGCAGCAGCCAACACUCAUGUAACUUCAGAAGUCUAUCAGAAAAUCAAGCUGGAGGAGGACAUUCCAGGUCGAACAGAAGGCAAUGAAGUGUCAUCAGCAGCCAACAAUCCCUCAGCUUUAGAAGUCUACCAUAAAUCUGAGCUGGACACUUCACCAGCUCGAUUUGAAGCUAAUAUACUACCACAUGCAUCCAACAGUCAUGCAACUUAUCAGAAUUUUCUUGAAAGUAUAAAGGAUGGAAAUGAGACAGAUGCUCUGCUUCGCCAAUUUGCAGAACAACUCCUUUCACAAGAUCAAAAGAACACAUUGGGGCCAGAGGAGAAGACAACCAACUCUAACAACUUUCAUGUGUCCAGUUUAGAGAGAAGCAAAGCUGAUGGACUAAGUAAAAAGCAAGAGCAGCCAUCUCUAAAGGAUAAAAAUGAAGCCUCCAUGACCGCAGCUUCCACCCUUUCAGACAGCUCCUACAUGGAUGAUACCAUCACCUGGUCUAAAGGUGAAAUUCUUGGACGGGGUGCCUAUGGCACAGUGUAUUUGGGACUUACAAGUCAUGGUCAACUAAUAGCCAUAAAACAGGUCACUUUGGACUCCUCAGAUGAAGCUGCUGCUAAAAAAGAAUUUCAAAGACUCCAGGAGGAGGUUGAUUUGCUAAAAACCUUAAACCAUGUGAAUAUUGUAGGAUUUCUAGGGACCUGUUUAGAAGAAAAUGUUGUUAGUAUCUUUAUGGAAUAUGUCCCAGGUGGAUCUAUUGCCAACAUUAUUAAUCGAUUUGGACCUCUACCAGAGAAAGUGUUUGCAAUAUAUACAAAGCAGAUAUUACAAGGAGUUGAAUACCUCCAUGAAAACCGUGUUAUUCACAGAGACAUAAAAGGGAACAAUAUCAUGCUUAUGCCUUCAGGUAUAAUAAAACUAAUUGAUUUUGGUUGUGCCAAACGCCUGGCAUUCCUGAAUACAAGUAGCAAAAGCAGUGAACUACUAAAAUCUAUGCAUGGUACACCAUUCUGGAUGGCACCAGAAGUCAUCAAUGAGACAGGCCACGGUGGAAAAUCUGAUAUUUGGAGCAUUGGCUGUACUGUGUUUGAGAUGGCAACAGGGAAACCUCCCCUCGCCUACAUGGACAGGCUGGCGGCUUUGUAUUAUAUUGGUGCAAACAAAGGGCUAAUGCCUUCCUUGCCAGAGCACUUCUCAGAAAAUGCAAGAGACUUUGUACAAUUAUGUUUAAAAAGUGAGCAACGAGAAAGACCUUCUGCUAAAGAACUACUGACUCAUCCCUUCAUUCCAAACUGACAGUAGCCAUCAAAGAAGAAUCCAAACAAUCUGCAGCAGCUUUGUCAUCAAGAACUCUUUCUCUUAUCCAGGACUGAAAAGUCAUCUUCUGAGGUUUAGAAUCAAAGACUUGUCGUUUUCCAAAUGUUGUAUCCACAAUAUACAGUAAAAACGGUCAACAGAUCCUAACAAGAGACUGUUAUUUUAUGUUGCAACUUUCAAUAGUAAACAUUAGCUCAAAGCACUUUACAACUAUUUAAGGUUAUCUGUUGGAGCACUGGCAGUUUAAGGAGGUCUCAGGCAGGGAAUGACUCCACAACUUUGUGGUUUGAAGUUCCUUAUCCAGAACACCACACUGCCUUCCUAGUAUUCUUCUGAAGUAAUUGGCCAAGUUCAUAAUUUAGUCCUUUCACUUGAUAAAUAAAACAAUGAAAAGACUGAAUAAGGUUAAAUCAUUUUUACUAUUCUAACUUGUAACUACAGUAUACCAUAUUUAAAAUAAAACUGAUGCUUUGUUCUUUUAGAUAAAGCAUGCUAAUAUUAACAAAGCUGGAACUUUAAAAAACUUACUUUUUUUGUAAAUGUAUACUGUAUUAAUAAAACAUAU